AUGCUUUUUCUGAUCGCUAGCCUUUUUGCGCGCGUGGACGCAAUUGUAAACCCUAUCACAGUGCGCAAUGCGCAUUUUGUCGAUUCUGUCACUGGUAAGCCUUUUUUAAUUAAGGGAGUAGACUAUCAACCCGGUGGCUCCUCUAGUAACUUCGAAUGGUCGGAUCCUUUGAGCGAUGUCGAAUCGUGCGCGCGCGACAUUUACCUGUUCCAAAAACUGGGAAUAAAUACUGUUCGUGUCUAUACUGUGAAUCCGUAUUUGAAUCACGAUGCUUGUAUGAGCAUGCUCGCCAUGGCGGGCAUUUAUCUCGUCCUCGAUGUCAACUCACCCAGGAUCGGAGAGAGCCUCAACCGUUACGAGCCUUGGACAGCCUACAGUCCUGAGUAUCUGCAGCGCAUUUUCCAGGUGGUUGAGCAGUUCAGUUGGUACAAUAACACCCUUGCGUUUUUCAUGGGUAAUGAAGUUGUCAACGACGAACGCUCCGCCAGUGUAUCUCCGCCGUAUAUUCGAGCAGUCACACGAGAUAUCAAAGAUUAUAUCCGUUAUAACUCUCCAAGAAUUAUUCCAGUUGGAUACUCGGCAGCCGAUGAUUUGCGCUAUCGUAUCCCACUCGCAGACUACCUGACCUGUGGCGAUGACGACUCCGCUGUUGACUUUUACGGUGUCAACUCCUACCAGUGGUGUGGCGAGCAAACUUUCCAAACGUCUGGAUAUGAUCUCCUUGUGAGAGAUCAUGAGAAGUUUACUGUUCCAAUCUUCCUGUCCGAGUUUGGCUGUAAUCUCGUGCGGCCUCGUCUUUUCCAAGAAGUUGAAAUGUUGUUCUCUCCCGCAAUGACGCAUGUCUUCAGUGGCGGUCUUGUAUAUGAAUUCACUCAAGAGGUGAAUAACUAUGGUCUUCUCACACUAGACACGGACGGGAAUGCCCACCUAAAUCCAGAUUUUGACACACUGCGCGAGAAGUUUUCGAAUGUCGUGGCGGAUAGCUCAACGAUUCCUGUCCUAUCUAGACCCCAACCACGUCAAAAAUGUGGUACCGUCUACGAUAGUUUUAAUCCUUCUUACGAGGAGCCUAAUAGCUUCGGCACUGAAAUGAUUCGCAACGGUGUUAGAAUCAUGCGUGGGCAAUACCUUCCCCAGCUUGAGCUCCGUGAAUCGAAAUAUUCCAUAUACGACGCUAAUGGCGAGCUCAUGACCGACUGUCGCAUCAGCGCGGUUGUUGCGUUAAAUUCUGAAACUGAUGUGCAAAAGAGUGCUAAUGAAACAUCGAGCUUCUUCGUCCCGAUCGAGCCGAUCUCAACAUCUACAAAGCCUGCUUCAGGGCAAGAAUUAAUCAACAAGAAUCAAAUGCGCAAUGCUCUUCCAAUUGAUUCCGUUACCCAGAAUAAAAAUGAGGUCUAUCGCACUGAAAGUGCGGCUGGCUACGCUUACCCUCACCGCUACCGCCCAGUCGAGGAAUCCGAACCACUGCAGCAAAACGUGCAAAAAUACGAAUCGAGUUCAAUCUCGAGCAUAACUCACAGCAUAUGGUUAAUUGCGUUGAGUUUGUUCGUUUCGUUUCUUCUCGCCCUAAACUAUCAAUAG